CUCUCUCGUUUUUAUCUGUGUGCGCUGAAUCCCAAACACACUCAAACAGGAUUUCCAUCCUGUGUGAUAACUCACAAAAUGUCAACACGAUAAAGAAAAAUUAACUUGCAUUGUGAGGAGAAUUCUUGUCACUAUACGCAGGGACGACGGUGUGGACACGUGGAUAGUCAACCACGCUCAAGGAUAGUCCAGUAGACGUCUGGAUGAUGCAGUGGACACUGCCGGAUAGUGAAGUGGACAUUGAUAAUUGGACAUCUGGGCAGUGAAGUGGACACCUCGAUUAGGAAGUGGAUAUCUGGAUAGAGAAGUGGAUAUAUGGAUAGUGAUAGUGAAGACAUGUUAGCGCUGCGGAUGUCAGGAUAAUGAAGGAUGCAUCAUGACGGCCGAAUAGUCUCGGGUCUGACACAAGGGAUGACUGGAUAACGAAGAGGACUCAGGAUUACUUACGGGUCGCAGGAAUAGUCAAGUGGAUCAACAGAGGACAGUCACUUUUACUACAAGGAAGGUGUACAUAUCGUCGGAUCUGUCAAUGUUUGACAAAUUAAAAAGGCAAAUAUAGUCUUUGUGAAGGUGACAGUGAUAGUGAAGGUGGCGACAACGAUAGUGAAAUGGGCGAUAAUAUCAUCCAGGCCGUGAUUGUUCUUUUGUUUCUUCUAAAGUUCACCAGAGCUACUGAAGGGAGCUGUGGGCAGCCCCGUCGAGGCCAACACCUUCACUACGACGUCAGCUCUGACUCAGACUUCCGGCUGUGGCUUAAGAUGGAGGAGAAGAACACUGAGCUUAUUCCUACAGUUGUCGCACUGGUCAACAAAAUCUCUAAAGGGGUAUCUUAUAACCCUUGGAAAAUUUUGUCUAACACGGAGAAAUAUAUAAGCUUUUCUGCUGCUGACUUUAGGAUAUUAUAUGAAGCAUUCGGCAAUGUCACCGUCAUUAUCACCAGUGUGAAUAUUACCAGCAACGCCUCGAUGGAAUGGAUAUACUGCAAGAACUCUAACAGCUUCCCCGUCGUGACGGACUCCAGCACGACAGGAGCGGUGACGGUGGUGUUGGUGGUGCUGGUGGUGGUGCUGGUGGUGGUGCUGGUGGUGGUGGUGAUGGCUGGCGGAGCCUACAUACACCACAUCAGGAAGACUCUCCGUCAAUUGACGAUGUCCCAGUUUACGAACACCGCGUUCACCAAUGGUCGCAGCUGUCACCCUGUUCCUCCUGCAGCUGCGCCUCCUCCUGCAGCUGCUGCUCCUCCUGCAGCUGCACCUCCGUCACCACGCAGCGGGGCGCCCCUACCGGAUGGCCUCGAUGAUAACAUCUACGAGGAGUGGCAGGAGUGGCCUCCAGUGACCACAGCAUCCCGACACAGCAGCUGCACCAACAGCAUGUACGGCCUCACGCCACAGCAGCAGCAGCUGUCCAGCGACGGGACGUCCGACAGUUAGUUACUGCUGUCUGUCAAGCACAGCGGCACUCAGCAAGAACAAGACUGAUUCAACAGCUCACAGCAAAACCGGUUUAGGAUAUCAAGAUAGCCAGUAUUGCUCACAAACAACUGUCAUACUUUCAUUACAAUAUUAGGAAGAGAGAGUUUGAGUAGCAAUUUAGCUAGAGAGAGGGAGAAAGAAUUUGAUAUAAAAACAAGGUAGAUGAACGAAUCUACAAGACCGGAGCUCUUGCUUCCUGUAAUGGGUCGACACCCGCUGCUGAGUCUUCACUUCAGUUUAUCGACAUUAUUGCGAAUAUAUUAUUCAUUGAUGUGCUGUAUUUCAACUGUAUUCACUUUGUAUUAUAUCUGUAAUUAUGAAUGAAUUAUUUCUGUGAUUAUAUAUUAUUACCUUAAUUAUAUUUGAUUACCUUAAUUAUAUUUGAUUACCUUAA